GGCAGCGAGGCGGCGCGAGGCGCCCGGUCCGGCGGCGGCGGCGGCGGCGGCGGCGGCGGAGGGCGGGAGGGAGCGGCCCGGGGCGGGAGCAGGAGCGGAGCGGAGCCGAGGCGAGGCGGUGCGGAGCCGGGCGCAGGUAACCGGAGGCGGCCCCGCGGGCGGGACGUGCCGCCGCUGCCGCUCCGAGCCCCGCCGGGGUCCAUGAGCCGAGGCGCCCGGCGGGGCCCCGUGAGGCGAGGCCCGGCCCCGUGAGGCGAGGCCCCGUGAGGCGAGGCCCGGUGAGGCCCGGCGGGGCCCUGCCCGCAGCCCCGGCCCCGGCUCGCUCUCCCCUCCCGCCGCCGCCCCCCCCCCUCCCCCCCAUGCUCGGCCGGCGCUGAGCCCCGCCCGGCCCCGCUGCUCUCCCUCCGCUCCGUUCCGCCGCCGCCCCGCAGGCGCCGGGCCCUUGGAUGCCGUCGGGAUGGGCAAGGUGCUGUCCAAGAUCUUCGGCAACAAGGAGAUGCGGAUCCUGAUGCUGGGGCUGGACGCGGCCGGCAAGACCACCAUCCUGUACAAACUGAAGCUGGGCCAGUCGGUCACCACCAUCCCCACCGUGGGCUUCAACGUGGAGACGGUCACGUACAAAAACGUCAAGUUCAACGUGUGGGACGUCGGCGGCCAGGAUAAGAUCCGGCCGCUCUGGAGGCACUACUACACGGGCACGCAGGGGCUGAUCUUCGUGGUGGACUGCGCCGAUCGCGACCGCAUCGACGAGGCCCGCCAGGAGCUGCACCGCAUCAUCAACGACAGGGAGAUGCGGGACGCCAUCAUCCUCAUCUUCGCCAACAAGCAGGACCUGCCCGAUGCCAUGAAACCCCACGAAAUCCAGGAGAAACUGGGCCUGACCCGGAUCAGGGAUAGGAAUUGGUACGUGCAGCCCUCGUGUGCUACUACAGGGGACGGACUCUACGAAGGGCUGACAUGGUUAACGUCCAAUUAUAAAUCCUAAUGAGAGAGUAACUAUUUAGUCUACAAAGAAUUAAAGAAAAAAAAAAAUAACCCACGUGGCUUUCCGGAAGAAUGAUUCUCUACUGAAAAGUAAAACAAAAGCAUCCAUAGGAUUAUGAUCACCUUUCUCCAGUUACCACCCUUUCCUUCCUUCUCCACACUUGACUGGAUUCCUGUUUUAACUCUUCUCGCUUGGCGUUAGGAUGCUCUAAUCUCCGAAUGUGACACGAACGCGAGCACUAGAUGCUAUGGCAGACUUCCAGCAAACAGGCGAAAGACACAUUGUAGACUUGCUAAGUAACUUUUUUGUUUUGUUUUGUUUUGUUUUUUCCUCUUGAUAGCCCUUAAGAUGGUUUGAUUAUUUUGGGGGACGGUUGGGGGAGGGGUACCAUUUUCAGCGUAUGCUUUCUGGUUCUACUUUUUUGAUUAUAUAUUUUUUUUUUUCCCUCUUCUAUCACUUGCUGUAGAUUGCUACUUUUUUGCAUUCAUGCGGAAUAUGUUGCUAGGUCUACUUCAUCUAGUAAACUGAAAAUUAUUGCUUAAAA